UCGUUUGUUGAUGUUGUGACUAAAACUUGAAGCGCGAAACACUUUGUUUCAGUGACAGAAUUGUAGGGUUGCUCAGUGCCAUCCUCAAUUAGCCCAGAAACAUGAAUUUUGGCACCGCCCACCGAAAGCCCGCCCAGGGUGGAAAGCGCGCCCUCGGACUCAAUUCGGAAAGAAGUCAUUUAGGCGUUCGACAGCGUGAAGCGGAAGAUCUCUUGCGGGUUUACCCCGUUCCCCUUCAGUUCUACGACCAAUCUCCCGAAUGCGAGGUCAGACUCCAUCAAUUCGAGCAAUUGGCCCAGGAUAGAUUUGCCCUCUUGAAGCAGGUGGAGCGGCUCAUGAGCGCCUCUGACGCCUACAAGAACCUCAAUCUAACGGCCCACGCCCUCGAAAAAGAGCUCAAAGGUGAUUUGGCGGGUUACCGAGGGAGCGAAUUGCGGGACAACUCUUCGGAUCAUACCAAUCGUUCGCAACAAAUCCAUCUUGUGCGUCAAGAACAAGAAGCGCAAGCUCAACGAGUGGCUCGGAAUCGAACCAAUGACCACUUGUCUCACUUUAUCCUGAGACUGGUAUUGUGCCAGACGGAAGAAGAGCGACGAUGGAUGAUUCAACAGGAAGUGGAUCUGUUCAGACUCCGCUGCGAAAUCAUUUUCAAAUCCACGGAUAGUGGGUCGGCCUUGGACGACUUUUUGGCCCACAAUGAUCUCGUUUACCCGGAAGUGUUGAGCGAGGAACUCGAUGAGAACGACUUGCGCCAACGCUUGACUCAAUCCUCAGUGGGCGCUCACGAUGGGUCCAUUCAUUACAAGGUCCCGUUUACUGAAGCCCUCGAUCUGGUCCGACAUCGAAAAUGCUACGUUCAAAAUGGAUGGUGCUACGUGCUGAAGGAAGAGAUUGUGAGCUUGCUCGCCCAUCUCUUCAAGACUAUUCUCCAGCACGGAUUGAUCAGCACUAACAAACUCAUCGGUCAACUGAGUGAAGAUCAACGGAUCCGGGAUCUCAUUCACAAGGUCAAGGUCGACGAUGGGAAGAGUGGAGAUUUCACCAACACAGAUGGGACGGAGAAGAUCACGCCCGAGAUGGUCAAAAGUUUGGCUGAACGUCACUUUCCUUUGUGUAUGAAGUCCAUGCAGAUGACUUUGAACUCCACCCAUCACUUGAAGUACAACGGCCGAUUGCAGUAUGGAUUGUUCCUCAAAGGGGCAGGAUUGUCCAUGGAGGACGCCAUCAAGUUUUUCCGGAGCGAAUUCACCAAAGCACAUGUCGAUCCGGACAAGUUUGACAAGGAAUACUCUUACGGCAUCCGUUAUAACUACGGGAAAGAGGGCAAAAAGGUCAAUUUCUCGCCUUGGAGUUGCAUGAGAAUCAUCAUGGGCAAUGUCAGUCCCGGUGAGAAUCAUGGAUGUCCAUAUCGGCACAAUGAUGAGGCGAGUUUGAAAGCGUUACUCAUGAAGUGUGGCCUGGAAGGCUCUCAUUUGAAUGAUAUCUUGGCAGAGGCCAAAGCUGGGCACUUUCAAAAAGCUUGCGGUCGUCAUUACCAAGCCACGCAUAGUGGAAUUGAGUUGUCAACAGGGUUGACCAAUCAUCCUAACCAGUUUUAUAUGGAGAGCCUCAAAGGUGCCAAACCUGUUGGAGGCUCGAAGAUGGCCAAUAUUAAGACCGAGCACGCCUCUCUGUUUCUGGAUAAUCAGCCCAAAACCGAAGGAGACAAGAAAAUGGAGAGCGAACUCAUCAGUCAAUCCCUUAUGGAUGACUCUGAGGUCGUGGAUAUCUGAAUGUAUUAUCUUUUCUGGUAAAUUCGACAACGAUUGUUCAAAACAAUGAUUUUUUUUUUGGUUCAGCUUA